UAAAUCUAUGCCAGUCAGAAAAUAACUUAUAAAUACUGGGUACUAUUUAAAUGAAAUUCCUCCACAGAAAAGUACAAAGGAAAAUAAAAAGGCGAAGAGGGGGGGUUUUUGGAAGAAAAAAGUAUUUAGGAGAAGCUUUUUUUUAAGGAAGAAAGCAAAAAUAUUUCCUCCCCAUCUCCUCAUACGCCUUCUUCUUCCUCCUCCUCUCUUAUCUCCUUCUUCUAUCCAGGUACUUUAAUUUUCUUCUUCUUUAACUUUAAAACCCCCAAAGUUUCAAUCUUUUUGUUAUUCUUGUUCUGAAUUUGCUUUGUGCAACUGUUAUUAGGAAAUGGACUGUGUGGAUGGGGCUUUGAAAAACAGUUUUAUGCCGGAGACACCGUUGAAAAUGACCCAAAACCAGACCUUUGGGGAUGACGUAUCUGCCGCCGGCGCCGGCCAAAAUGUUGUCUCCGGCGACGACUUCUUCGUUGACGACCUGCUUGACUUCUCCAAUGGCUUUGUUGAAGGCGAAGGAGAAGAAGAAAAACAGGGGGGAGAAGAUAACUCUGUUCACAAACCAUGCUCUGUUUCAAUUUCUGUUUCACCUCAGAGAAAAACAGAAAUUGAUGACACCAUUUCUGUUAAAGAAGAUUUUGCUUCUCUUCCUGUUAGUGAAAUCAGUGUUCCGACGGAUGACUUGGAUAGCCUUGAAUGGCUGUCUCAUUUUGUAGAAGACUCGUUUUCUGGAUACUCACUUGCUUAUUCUGCCGGAAAGUUGCCCGUCGAGAAAAAAUUGGGCGACGGAGAAAUUCCGGUUCAAGAGAAGAAGUCUUGUUUCGCAACACCGGUUCAAACCAAGGCAAGAACCAAGCGUGGGAGGACUAGCGUCCGAGUUUGGCCAACCGGUUCAGGCGGCUCAUUGACCGAUUCAUCUUCUUCUUCAACUUCGUCUUCCUCCACCACAACGAUGUCGUCAUCUCCUCCUACUUCUUGGUUCCUUUACCCAACUCCAGUUCAUACUGCCGAGUCAGCAGGAAAACCGCUGACUAAGAAGCUGAAGAAGAAACCGGCGGCACAUGGUGGAAGUGGGUCACAGCAACCUCGGCGGUGUAGCCAUUGUGGGGUUCAAAAGACCCCACAGUGGCGAGCCGGUCCAAUGGGUGCAAAAACGCUUUGCAACGCUUGUGGGGUUCGCUACAAAUCCGGUCGGCUGCUACCGGAGUAUCGUCCGGCAUGCAGCCCGACUUUUUCCAAUGAGUUGCACUCGAACAAUCACCGGAAAGUGUUGGAGAUGCGGCGGAAGAAGGAAUCAGAAGAAACCGGUUUAGCUCAGCCGGUUCAGAGUUUUUGAAGAUAUUUUAGCUGUUUUUUUUUAAAAAAGAGGUUCUUGCAGUGUAGGGAAUUUUAUUUUUUAGUUAGGAAAGGAAGGAAUUUUAGAUGAAAAAAAGUGAACCGGAGUGAACCGAAUGUAGUAAGUAAGGUUAAAAAACAAAGCCGGUUUAGUAAGAGAGUUAGGCCCGGUUUAGAUUGUACAUUCCUAACAUGGACCCAAGAUUUGGUGAAGGGUAGGUUUUAAAGUUUAGUGUAACGGAUGGAGGAGUCUUUAAUGUACUUUCCUGAUAUAAUUCCCAGAAAAAAAGAAAGAAAAGAUAAAGACUAUUAGAGAAA